GUAAUCGAGCUAGCACUUUUAUGUGUGUCAUUUCUAUUCUAUCACAGUUCUGUAUAAUGUGAUUUUUAUGUACAAUCACAGUGUAUUGUAUGAUGUGAUGACGUAGCAGCCAAUAUUAUAAUCGGAUAGCAGUAACACAAAGAAGAUAUAAGGGUGGUUCAGUGGCUAGGUCCAGGGGAGCUGGGAGUUGAUCUCGCUUGUCAGCGUAACAUGAUCGUCAGCCGAAGGAGAACGCAGAUGAUGCAUGCAUGCUGUGGGAAGUGAAGACAACCGGUGAUGCAAGUAGUGAUACAAGCCUGUGCUACAAGACAGUGACGUUCCAAGUGCCUGUGGUGGUACACGCGUAAGCUGACACCGCUCUAUGUGUGCAAGCAUCAGGAAGACACAUCUGACUUUUCCUGUCGAGGAUCUCGGGAAGGUGAAUCGAAUCGAAGCUAGGCAAUGGCAAGCGAGCAGUGGAUAUAUGAAGGAGAAGGCGCUCCGGAGAAAUGGCCGCAACUCUAUCCUGCCUCUGGCGGAAAAUGCCAAUCUCCGAUCGACAUCAAGACGAGGGCUACGCACUUCGAUGCAACGAUGACACCUGUUUGCGUGAACUAUGUACCGGAGGAAACGACUGUCGUCAACACUGGCUGGUCGUUCCAGAUACCGUUCAAGGGGAAAGAUUCGUACAUCAAGGGCGGUCCGCUCAACUACAAAUACCAAUUAGCACAACUACACUUUCACUGGGGCUCCAGCGCUUCAUCCGGAUCUGAACACACGGUGGACGGAAAGAGCUCUGCAGGCGAGCUUCACAUCGUGCACUGGAAUUCUGAUAGAUAUGGUUCGGUGAAGGAAGCUGCGCAGCAUGCCGACGGGCUAGCCGUGCUUGGCUUCCUCAUACGGGUAAAAGGGGGCGACGAGGAACACUCUAAAAUGAAAACCGUGACGGAUGCCCUCGCAAAGAUUCCUUUCAAAGGCGAUAGCCAUUCUAUCGGACUGUUCAGUCCUGGUUGGCUCAUGCCAGAUGAUUUGAAGCAAUACUGGACGUAUAACGGGUCGUUGACCACGCCUCCUUGCUCCGAGGCUGUGAGCUGGCUUGUGUUCAAAAACACACUACCGAUCUCCGCGCCGCAGCUUAACGCAUUUAGAUCAUUGCACUGGAACUCGGCUGAGAAAACAAACGCAUGUGACAUGAUGGUGGACAACUGGAGACCAGUGCAAGAGCUAGGAGGCCGACGUGUCAGGGCCAGCUUUACCUAAAGCACAUCUCGUUGUUUGCGUCAAUAUUUCUCUAAAAUGUGGCCUACCAUCCAGUUCGGAUGACAUGUUGUGGUCUCUUGCAAAUCUCGGUCUUGCAUUAGAAGCAACUAGCAAUGCUUGCGCGUAGGUAAUUUAGCCUAAUUUUAGCUACAUCCACACGAGGGUAUUGCCUUUGUGAUUUUAGCCGUUGUUUCCCUUCCGAUUUCUUCAAUUUAAAUUAUAUUCCAUUGGUCGGUUGGUCCGAUUGGACCAAACAGGUCUGUUGGUCCAUUGAGCUGUUCCAUUCCAGUUCUCAUUGCUUUAACGCACAGUGUAGACGCGGUUAAUUAAUGACUAUCUACUCUCGUAAUCUAGAUUAGUCGUUCGUGUGGAUAUGCAUUGUUAUUGAACCAGAUAACUAUUGAUAUAGUAAGAGGAGUGACUCUAGUUUACAAUGCCCCCAGAGAUUUUCUAGCGGUCAACUAUUGUUUUACAUUUCGAAGACCGACGAAUACACUUUUUACUGAUACGGCUAUAACUAUGCCGGUGGUCUUUUAAUCGGACUGUUUACAUUAAAAUCUCCGACCAUAAAAUAUGACGAGUUAUUUGGAAAAGCUAUUGAGACCUCCAUGUAUCAUCUGGUUGAUUUAGCUUUGUUACUUUCACAUAAAAUAUCGAUGUGAAUUAGAGUGAUACGUUACAUAAUAAACGUGCACAAACACUGAAACAUCUUUAAACCCCUAAAGAUGCCGAACGCUGCAACAAGUCGGUUGAUAGCAAGUCGAAUGCGUUUUGUAAUACUUGGUUAUUACGUGACAUGGCCUUUCGUGAUCGCAUAGGUUUCGCGUAUAAUAUCGCUACUAAAUGACUCCUUAUAGGCAUAUACAAAUAACGGAAUACUGAGAUACGUAUGUAGAACAUACAAACGUCUUUAAUAGAACAUAGGUAAUACUACCAUAGACGCCAUAUGCCAAGCAUCGACGGUUACAAAAAGGUACGCGUAGGAAUAUAACUUACAUAUCACGGUCUAGAUGAAUACGAAAGUAUCAACUGUAGGGUAAGACACGUCUGUCUCAGUAGGUAGCAAAUAGUGGAGAUAGUCUGAUUUGAAGAAACACACGUUAAGUACCUACGUCUUCCUAUUGUCUUGGCUCGGGUCACGUGGUUCCCCUCGGCCGCUACAAUUAGCUGAGCCAUUUCUAUUGACCGUUGGUUACGCUGCAUGGCUAACUCUCUCAUUGGUUGACAUGUACGGGGUCAGCUACGCGUCGUUGAUUAGCGGUUACACAAAGUCUUGACCCCUACUGCUUACUAAAUUCGGUUAUUAUUAAAUUGUACAUAUUUCUGUAUUCAUUACUAUUUCUGUAUUACAGUUUUACUGCAUUGUUAAUAUGGUAUAAUAGAUUUGUGAUAACAUAUGACAUAGUAUUAGAGCGAUUCCAUCGUACCUGUGACUAUUGCUUAAAAAUUGACUGCUCUAUAAAUAACUGACGUGCAGAGAUCGGAAACAUUUUGGACCCAGCAACGCUGCACAUUUAAACUCUUCCCAGUACGGAUGAUUGGCUGACCAAGUAACGAAUCGAAAUUAAGUUUCCGUCGUGUAAAAUAGAUUGCCAGCCAAAAGCUAACAGUCCCUCAUGCUUCACUAAUAUGGGUACAUCAAUCAUUGGUUUCGGCCUCAGUGUCGGAUGGAAUCCUUCAAAUCUAGAAUCAUACAUGUGGGGUAAAGUAAAUAUAGAAAUGCAGUGGCCUAACACUGUGUAACACUAGUUUCUUGUUAUUGAAUUAGCUUUUGUUGUUACAAACAACCAUGUUAUAGAGUUAAACUGUUAUGUUGUUAUUAUGUUUUACGUGUUGUUAGCUAUAGUUUAUGAAACAAAUAGGAUAUUGAUAUAACUUAACUUGGUCAUCUGAUAUAUCUAACUCGUUUUAUCUGUGCAAGAAUUGCAAGAGCAUUUUAUGUACGAGUCGUAAAUUUAAAUUAAUGCUUGCGCGUGUUUGGCAGUACGUACACUCAUUGCAAAAAAGCGUUUCUAAAGUCUUACGCACUUAUUGUAGUACAAGUCUUUUAGAUUGUAAAAAAUAAAAACACUUAUUUGACUUUCAAGGUCAUAAUCUUUCUAAAAUGUCCAAAAUAAUAUAUAAAAAUCACCCAGAUGUAUGCAUCGCACUUCUUGAUAUUUGUUGAAAGAUAAGAAAAAUGGCGAGUAUGGUACAUUAACGUGAUUGCGAAGACUAACAGAAGUUAUGGUUUAUGUGAUCUCACUAUGCUAAAAUGUGAUAAUUAAUUUUAUUUCUGGAGCAGUAGAAAUUAAGUUAUGAGUAACAAAUACCUGUCAGAAUGAUAAAUAUAUGAGGUUUAAUGAAAACUGAA